ACCAAGUUUUAUGAUUUGAGAUGAUUCCGAGCCUAAAAAUAUGCUUGGACAAACGUCGAACUAACGCCCAAACCCUACUUUAGUUUGUCAUUUUGUUUUGAAUUGUGGUGUGAUUCUAUUGUUUAUAUUUACCAUGGAUGUUGUUUGGACCUACGUGCUGUUUAUUCUGUGUUUAGACCAAGUCUUUUCUUUGCCUGCUGGCAAAAAUAUUACGCUAACUCAAUUAUUUUCCACGUCUCUGGCUGAUUUACCUGAUAUGGUGGAAAACGUCAAACGAGCAUACAAUGGAAUGGGUGUCCAUGCUCAAGAAAACACAGUCUUCCUCGGCCAAAACCCAACGAUGUUUCGGCUACAUAGGCCUGGGUUCCAACAUGUCGCUAGAAGUGUUUCUCUGGAGUCUAAUGUACGGCCGGGGUUGUACUUAAGAUAUAAAAACUACAAGUUUCGCCUGGAACAAGCUAAACCAACUGGAUUAUUUGAAAAAGACUCUACAUUCAUUGAACGGCAUCCAUUUGGUGCUGACAGUAUUUCUUUAGAACUCUUUACACAUCCUGGAUGGUUUGUUUGCCAUGAUAUUAAAAAGCCAUUCAUACUCAGGGCAGAUUCUAAAGUCUUUCGGAGCAAGGAAUUCGACCAGAAAUGCGUUUUCCGUCAAUCUGUUCAUAAAAUAUACUCGGGGCCAAAAGAAAGUGAUAACGAUGAGAAAGAAGAAGAAAAAGCUGCGGAAUUAUUGGAUAGUUUAGUCUCUCAAGAGUCUCUUGGUGGAAUACUGUCGGUGAAGAAUGGACAAAAGAAGUCCGACUCGAUGCCUGCUCCUAUUGUUGGUACCCCUGAAUCGGUAGCAGGAACACCUCACGACAUUGUCCCUAAAAAGGGGGCACCUCCAUUGAAUAUGGCGGGUGCUAAUCCAGUUCCUAAAAAAGUAUCACCUCAAGCAUCACCUGUAUCCAAUAUGCCCCCUAAAAAGGUGUCAUCUCAAAAAUCACCCUUACUUAAUAUGGUCCCUAAAAAUGUACCUCCACAAAAGUCGGUCCUAUCCAAUAUGCCCCAUAAAAAUGUAGCGCCACACAGAUCAACAAAAGUCAAUGUGCUCCCCAAGAAAAUGAGCCAUCAAUUGUCAUCAUUAAUGCCUAACAUGAUGCCUAUCGCUAAGCCCCUAGUACCUUAUCAUACUAGCACCCUAGCAAAAAUGUUCCCUAAACCUUUACAAGUAAAAGCAUUCCAUGGAGUUUCCCCAGCUCUGAUGAGGAACACUUUUCAGAGAAAUCAACAACUAAAUAGAUACAAAGUCGCAAGGAUGCGAUAUCUUAAUGCAUUACGAAGAAAGGCUUUAGCAAUGAAGACAAUACCCCGUAUGCAAUAUGCCGGGUACAUAUCCGGAAUCAAGAAACAAAAUACGGCUUAUUCGACAACUUACAAUUCCCAAAAUCCAAUGUACCAAUAUCCAAAUAAAUUGAAUUAUGCAUCGAAAUGGGGAGUGGGUCAAGUUGGACAACCGUUAGGGCCUGGGUCCAUGCGUCCUGGAAAAGUCCUCACGAUGUCCCGUAAUACAGCCUACAAAACGCCGCCCAGCCAGUUACCACCGUCAUCUAAGGCGCCAUCGUUUAAAUUUGUAGCGGUGGGAAACGUUCAAGAGGCAGGAGCGCAAACAACAUCACAGACUAAAUCACUUACUAGUCCAGGAUCUGGGCGGGGAUCUGGGGAGACACCGGCAAACAGCAGAGAACCAAAGGUUAUCGAUCCGAAAACAGCUGUUUAUAACAUGGGAGACAAGUGCAUAAGCAUCAGGUUCUACAACAAAAUUCGCAAACCGGUUAGAAUCGUGUCAAGUAUGAAAAGAGCAGGCUAUCUGGUGACAGCAGAGACGUUCAAACUCAAGACGAUCUUUAAGCAUGCUCGCAAGGAUCGCAAAGUACAUUUCUACGCACAAGACUUGGACGAUAAAGAUGACAUCUUGCUGAACAAUAAUAAUGUAAUCACAGUUAUUCCAGGACCCUGUGAUUUACCCUACAGAAGUAUAUACCUAUCAAAGAACGGCCAGUUUACUAAUGAUGAAAUCGAAACCUUUCUGAAAGUUGAAGAGCAAAAACUUUCUUCAGAACAAAUAAAAAAAACCGUAACGACUGGUUCCACUGCUGCCGAUGGUUUUAGCCAAUGGUCACCCUUUGGUCCUUGCAGUGCCUCGUGUGGAAAUGGGCUCCAGACAAGAAGUCGAACAUGUUUACCGAAAAGAGCGUGCCUGGGUACUACUAAGGAAUCACGUGCUUGUAUCCUUACGCCAUGUGCAGAGCCCAUCAAGUGCAUCAAGACUUCAGGUGGUAACUCUGCUGGAAAGUGCUGUGCAAUGCCUUUUAUCUUCCAAGAUACAGUCUACGAUAAAUGUAUCACCCAUGCACGUACAGGGGAUCUUUGGUGUGCGACCACGCCCAAUUAUGAUACCGACAAGUCUUGGGGAUUUUGUAAAACGACAGGAAGAAGAAGUGACUUGUUAUCGUACAGACCAAACACACUUACUUCGUCACCAGCCUCUCCGCUGUCGUACAGAGCGUUAGUACCCAAUACCUGUGACAAGUCGUGCUACAACAUGUGUGUUCCCGGAUGUCACGUGACCUGCUGCAGUGCGCAUGCGUUAGCAUUUCCUUCUAUCUAAAUGUACGACAUUCAACGACAGUGACUUCUGCAAUCAUAUCAUAUUACGUCAUCAAUGUUUACGUCAUGUGUGCUGCCAUUCCACAACGUCAUACAAAAAUACCGCUAUACAACAACAAUGACAAUAUUACGUCAUCAUUAAUGUGCGUCAUCCAUCAUCCUUACGACGUCAUUACAUAUACUGCCAUACAACGACAAUUACUGAGCAACUCAUAUUACGUCAUCAUUAAUGUGCGUCACCAUCAUCCUACGACGUCAUACAACGACAUUGACUGACCAACUCGUAUUACGUCAUCAUUAAUGUGCAUCAUCCAUCGCCCUACAACGUCAUACAACGACAAACUGAACGAGUCAUAUUACACUUCAUGGACAUCAGCGACGUAACAGUAUCAGUAUUUCAGUAUUCAUUUUUAUGUAAUGUUCUAUGUCGUGAGGGGAUUUCAGAAAUCCCGUCAUCUUAGCGUCGGAUUACAAGCCUUGAAUUUUUUAUAAUGGCAGAACAGGUGGAACAUUUCAACUCAGAAACUAAGAGAAAGUACGAAGGAUUACAGGUAACUUGUGAAUGGUAGCUGGGACGAUGUGUCAAUUACACGUGCAACGUGUGUACUUAUUGUUUUCCAGUUUUUUCUUCAAGAGCAUUAGCAGAAAACAACAGAUAUAUCGUGUUUUGAGUUCAUUUUUGCAGCGUUUUGGAGCCAUACGGAGUGGUGCGUUCUUGGUGGCAACGGCAACGCCCCUGGAUAGAAGACUCGAACAAUAUUUGCACACAAUUUGAUUCGUUGUUUAUAUAUUGUACAUGACCGAUUUUUGUAAUUUUGUACAUAAACAAUUGUACAAAAAACACUCUUAGAAUUCUUUCGUUUAGUGAAAGAGUACACAAAAUAAUUCUACACGGUUUUUUUGCUUUUGUAUAUUUUUUUAUUAUAUAUUUAUAAUGAUCUCCAGCAUGCUUUAUAUUACUCAUGUGUUGACAUCGUGGACAAUAGAUGUAGCAUGAUUAUUAUUAAUUACUGCUAGUACAUUUUAAUGAGAUCACUUUUUAUAAUAAAAACAUU